AUGGAUAUGCAAGCCCGCCUCAAAAUACUCUUCGAUGGAGAAGACGAAGAGCUUCUCAAGACCAAUACAGAUCUUCAAUCUGUACUUGAAAUAGGCACUCUUUCUAUGAAGGAACAGAAUAACUUCAAUACCCCAGACGCCCAUCCCCCAGAAACCAGUCAAGAAAGUGCUUCCAAGAAAGUGGUGGCAGUGGAGCUCAGCAGCUCAGAGGAUGGGUUCGAUGAGUAUCUCUCUGCAUUUUCCGAAGUUGCACGGAAAAACAAAAGAAAGAAGAAGAUUUGCAGCAAGAACGAUGACAAUAAGAGUCAGGGGAGAGCGAGUCUGGAUUUGUCGACGUCAAUGGCUUCCCACGAUGCGUUUGGGGCAACACUCUGUGGCAAUGGCGGAAGAUUAUUCUGCCCGAUAUCCGCCGUCAGUCGCUUUCCAUACAAAUAUAUUCGAGGUAAUGCUGGGGAGCAAAUUGCACAACGCUUUUUCAACGAAGGAAAGUUCUGGAAUAGGUCUUGGGAUAUAUAUUAUAUUCAUCCGCCGCCCUCUAUCUCAACUAAACCGCUUAUUCUCGUUCCGGGACACCAAGUACAGGGCCUUAUCGAUGAUAUUAAUAGUGCAUUUAACAUCCUGGUUGCCAUUCCUUCAGAUCAGGAACUGGGAUUCUUAAUCCCUUUCGAGAACGACGGUACCCCUCAACCACAGUAUCUUGGAAUAUCGUCCUCUCAGGAGCAAAAAGAAGAGAUGGAAUCAAGUAUACCAGAUGCACCAACAGGCUAUCAUGAACCUCCCGAAGGUUGCUCCGCUGAAGUUGACCGUUCAUUUGCCGCCUUCAAGGCAAAGAUUGCGGCCGCCGUUGACGCUACUCGGAGAAAAAACAAGGCAACGAGAAAGAAAAGGGAGGUUGACCGCAUCCAGAAAUUACAGGGCUGGUGCCGUGCGAUGAAGAGGACCCAGUGCUACCUUGGAAUGCGUCCUCGACGCCCGCGCAAUCUGUCACCCCCUACUACUGAUGGUUUAGCAUGGGAGGAACAGAAGCGCGUUGAACGGGAGUAUGCAUUGGCAUGCGGUAUUAUCCUUUUACCGCUGGAUGUAAGCAAACCAGCUCCAUUCCGUUUUGCGAGUGAGCCAAUCUUUGUUUGCGUCGAUGUCGAAGCGAACGAGAAGAUUCACCACCAAAUCACAGAAAUCGGGAUAUCAACUCUUGAUACUCUUGAUCUCGUUGGCAUUCCCCCUGGGGAAUGUGGGAGAAAUUGGACCACCAAGAUACGCUCUCGCCAUUUCCGAAUUUCGGAAUACGCAAAUGUUGUCAACAAGGAGUAUGUUAGUGGGUGUCCUGACAAUUUUGAAUUCGGGGAAAGUGAAUGGAUUUCAAUCUCAGAAGCUGCGGACGUUGUCGAUGGGUGCUUUCAGGCUCCCUACUCUGCCAAUACACCCCGACCCCCCAAAGAUAUAACUGACGCGGAAGGUAGCGAUACCGAUGGAAAUGGGGAAGGUAUCCCUGGAAGUGUUCUUCAGCCACCAUUUUUGGAGACUGAACCCUGCGGCGAUUCCGAACCCAUCCCAGAACAUAAAACCCGUCCACGCAACCUGAUAUUCGUAGGUCAUAACACUGAUACGGAUCUAGGAUACCUCGGGAAACUAGGAUGUAAAGCCUUCACCAAGCCCCCUACCAUCACCUCACCUACCUCAUCUUCAAGUAACAAUAAGAAAGAAGCCAGCGAGCCAGCUGAAGCUCCCAACUUCAUUGAUACCCUCGACACCUCUGUCCUCUUCCGUGUCCUAAAACGCGAAACGGAAGCAACCUCCCUAGGCAAAAUCCUAGUCGAUCUCGGAAUUACAGGCUGGAAUCUACAUAACGGUGGCAACGACGCGCGCUACACAAUGGAAGCGAUGAUUGGCAUCACUUUUAGGUCUCGUCUGCUGCUCGAUAACCCUGUUGAGUAUAAGGACCAUAGCAAAAUGCCUACAACGAACGAUUGGCCGCUUGUGUCUGGGCUCAGGCCACGAGUGGGGCCGGGUGUGGAUGCAGAAGUUGACGGAGUAUCACGCCAGAGGAUGUUUGACUAUGAUGAAGAGAUGAGGAGGGCAGUGAAUGCGUAUGAUCGGAAGUGGAAGGCGGAGAUCGAAACAAGGGUUAAGGCGAGCGUGAAGGAUUUGGAGGCUAGAGUGCGGGACGAGUGUGCGAGUUGGGAUGAUGCGGUGGGGGCGAACGGCGCGGACGGCUUGGACGUGGAUGGAGGAGAAGGGAGAGGGUUGAAUUAUUGA